AUGUUUACCCUGUUAGACAUCAACAUUUUUUCUCUCAUUUCCCUCACACCGACACUUUACCAAGUUCAUACAAUGGAGUUGGCCAGCGUCCAAGAGAUAAAAGGGUUUGUUGUGCUUCCUGUUCUGUUUCACGCACCCAGCGGGAAGGUACCCAAGGCCGCACAUUACAUUUACAUAAAAAAACAUUCUUCCAAGGAUGAAGGAUUAUCUUCCAGGUCCCUUUUCAUAGUUAACAUUCCCUUAGGAUCAGGAUUAGCCACCUUAAAACAGUUUUUUGGGAAACAUGCCACAGGCGCCAUAAUAGAAAGUUUUGUAGAGUGCAAGAAGGACUCCAGCAUAAAUUUAGCCAAGUUAACCUCAGAUUUGGUUACUCAUAAACAAUCUCCAUUUCCACAUCUCCCAAACCAUUGUUCUUUGAUCACAUUCAUUGACCAAGAUGCUUGUGAUUUAGCUUACCAAUGUAUCAAAAAGCUUGUAAAGUCAUCCAGAUGCCCCGUGUGGACUUUGGCUGACCCUCUGGGGUCUGCAAGAUAUAGGAAACUGGCCCAAUCUCAUAUAUUGGACAUUGCCCAAUUGAACAGAUCCAUCUUCCAAGACAUGUCAGAGUUCAAUAGAAGAGAGGAAACAAGUUACGAGGAAUUGAGUAAAUUAGGAUCCACCGUAGAUGAAGAUGGUUUCAUAACAGUUGUUGGACCCCACAAGAAAACCAGAGAUGAGAUAUUGGGUAGGGUCAAGACCAACAACUCUGAGAUUCUUGCCCAGGCUCAGGAAAAGAUGAAGAAGAAGGAAAAACAAGAUUUCUACAAGUUCCAAAUCCGAGAGAAGAAAAAGCUGGAAAUGAACGACUUGUUGAAAAAAUUCAAGGACGACCAGGAGAAGAUCAAGGUGAUGAAAGAACGUAAACGGUUCAGACCGUACUAA